UGGCUGAGAAGCCACAUUAUGUGCCUUUUUUUUCUUAUGUGAAGCUGGAAACUAUAAGCAGUGGCAAUUUUAAAUGAAGUGUAAUGCAUUGUGGGAUGUGUGUAAAAUUGGAUCAGUCAAGGUAUAGGAACAAGCCUGCAGUUCACGAUGUGGAGGAGGCAGUACCAGAAUAUUUGCUAAUUCUUCCAGCACGUUGGCUUAUUUCUAAUCGAAUAGAGCACAGCAAGAGAUAUGGAACCCGAUUCACAUUGCUAAAGGAUUAGACGCAUGUAGCCUCCAAAUGAAGAAAACAAGGAGUACAACCUUACGACGGGCCUGGCCUAGCUCGGAUUUUUCAGACCGGGCCUCAGACCGCAUUAGGUCCCGCAGCGAAAAGGACUACCGUUUGCACAAGCAUUUCCCACCUGCUUUUAUUUCUUCUGCAUCACGGGGUUAUCUGACUUCAGGUGAUGUCUCACCAAUCAGUAUGUCCCCCAUUAGCCAGUCCCAGUUUAUUCCUCUUGGGGAAAUACUUUGCUUGGCCAUCUCAGCAAUGAAUGCAUCAAGGAAGCCAGUCACACAGGAGGCUCUCAUGGAGCACUUAGCUACCUGUUUCCCAGGGGUCCCUACGCCUAGUCAAGAAAUCCUUCGCCAUACUUUGAACAUGCUUGUUAGAGAGCGGAAAAUUUACCCAACUCCUGAUGGAUAUUUCAUUGUAACUCCUCAGACUUAUUUUAUCACCCCUUCUCUCAUUAGAACAAAUAGCAAAUGGUACCAUCUAGAUGAAAGGAUACCUGACCGGUCUCGAUGUACUUCACCACAACUUGGGACUAUAACUCCAUCUAACUCUGGCUGCCUCCGAGACCGAGCCCAUCACAGAAACCACUGUGAUUCUUGCAAUUGCUUUAGAGAAGAGUUCCACAAUCACUCAUCCACUCUACAGAAAAGAUCGACGAAGGAAUGUAAAGAUUCCUAUUGCCCUCCUUCUUUCAGCCAGAUGCCAGUAACCCAGACUGAGAAAAGCAGGAGUACAGUUAACUGUUCGUACAAAACUGAAACAUUGCCAAAACCCAAGGAUGGAGAAAAACAGUCCAAAAAGUUUGGUUUGAAAUUGUUCAGAUUGAGCUUUAAAAAGGACAAGUCGAAACAGUUAGUGAAUUUUUCAGCCCAGUUCCCUCCUGAGGAAUGGCCACUGCGUGAUGAGGACAAUCCAACUUCCAUACCAAGGGAAGUGGAACAGGAGAUAAUCAAACGCAUUAAUCCAGACCUGACUGUGGAAAAUGUCAUGAAGCACACAGCGCUAAUGAAGAAGUUGGAAGAAGAUAAGGCCCACAGAAAUAAGGCAGGAUCAUCUGCCCAGCACAGCGGCAAGAGCAAAAAAAGUAGAAGUCACAAGAAGUCCCAUGGUAAAUCCCGGUCACACAGCAAGUCCAGGGCUCCAAAAGGGGAACAAUCAGAAGAUACCCAUCUGGAUGUCACAGAAUCCAGAGAAUAUGAGUUUUAUGAUCCAAUUACCAGAUCCCCAUGUGAAAAAAGUACCACCAUAGAAACGAAGGGUGAUAAUGGCUUUAUCUCGCAUGAUAAAAUGAACGUGGUUGAAUCUCAUUUUCCUGUGACCCCGGAGUGGGAUGUGUCUGGUGAUCUUUACAAGCGAAGGAUGGAGAGCCGAUUUCAUGAACAUUCUCGGGAAAGUUUGCAAUCCAAGGUUCAUCGGAGCCACAGCCAUACUCAAGACAGAAAAUCAAGAACUGAUAGGACCAGCAAGGCUAAGGAGAGGUCUAGGUCAGUGGAUAAUUCUAAUCGACUUCUUGGCGCAACUUUGUCAGGUACAGCAGAAGAGUUGCAAGAAUGCAGCUUGGAUGAAAGCCAGUCAAAUAAUAACAAAUUACGUUCUUCCAAAUUACUAGGUCACCACAGACCCGGACUGUCAUCGCAUUCAAAUCAUAUUACUGAGCCAAGCAUACCAGAAUGUGUUAAUAUUGAUGAUUCAGCAACAUAUAGUGAAGCCUGCAAUCCAGUGGAACACGCAAGACUUGGAGAUGGUUUGCCCAAAAACGAUGAACCUAACUGUGCUACCGAUGCAAAAGCUGAUUACUUUCAAUGUAAUGCACCCAAGGAGACUGUUCAGGCUGUGUCUUCUCCAUCAGCUAAAUGUAAUGAUGAGUGUCUGUUUAAAGAUUAUGAUACUUUAACCUUGUCAGAUGGUGUCAAGAAGCUGUCUCCUUUGGAUGGGUUCUUGAAAUACCCACCUAUCGAAGAGAAUGUGAAUGGACAGCUUGAACAAUUGUCACUACAGCAGAAGCAUUAUCCUGAAACGAUGGAUAUGAACAGCGUUAAUUUGCCGGUAGCUGGGCAAUCAUCUACCCCAUCAUUGCCAAAUGGACAAGUAUUUAAAUCGCAGUCAGAAAUUCAAUCUGUAAAUCACAUGGAGAAUAAUUAUCAGGAAUCCACUUUGUAUGAAUCACAACAUAACAAACCAUCGGAAGUGCUUCACCCAGACUGUGAGAACUUUGUUGGUUUAACAAGCGUGGCACAAUCACUGCCUGUUCUACCGGGGCAGGAGGAUGAAACAGGACAUCAGGAGUCUUCCUUUGACUAUUACAAUGUGUCUGAUGAUGACUCGGAAGAUGGGACCAACAAAAACCAAGAGGAGGGUAAAAGCCGAGAUGAUGGUGGGACUGUGCAGUGGUUGUUGGAACGAGAGAAAGAGAAAAAUCUCCAGAGAAAGUUUGAAAAGAACCUAACUCUUCUGAGCCCAAAAGAGAGUGACAACAGUACCAGCCAGAAAGCUUUGCAUUCUGCUCGAUUGGAUAGUGUGGACAGCAGCAGUAUCACUGUAGACAGUGGAUUUAAUUCUCCACGUACUCGUGAAAGUCUGGCCUCUAACACUUCAAGCGUAGUAGAAAGCAACAGGCGUCAGAACCCUGCUCUUAGUCCUGGACAUGGAGGCUCGUCAGCAUUCAGUUUCCGAACAACUACAGAUCCUGCACCAAGUGAACCUGAAAAACUGCAGAAGCCCAUGAAGUGUCUAGCUUCCAUUACCAGUGUUUGAGCACUGUUAGUCGUAGCUGUCAGCUACAGAUUCUGUAUCACACCCUCAGCAGUUAUACACCUGCACCUCAAAUGAUUUGAAACACUAUGAUACUAUCAGGCAUGCUCCUACAUUUAAAAGAAGUGGUAAACUAAAUAUAGAAGCCAUUUAUAUGAUUUGGAGCUUUUUUUCAUAAGUACUUAUUAAUUUUACUUCUUCAUCCUUUAGGUAUUGAGUGGGUAAUGCAGCUUACUGCAUGGCAUUCGCCUACAUCAUACUGCAUGAAACAUCCAUUGCGGUUUUGAUAAAGAAGAAAAAAAGCACAAAUUCGUUUGCACUUCAUGACUUUGGUUUCUUGAUGGUAUUCUAUGACAACUUCAUGUUUAUAAAUAAUCUUCUUUAGAGCAUUACGAAACCAGCAAAUAACUGCUGUGAUUUUGUGAAACCAGUGCAUGUGUUAAAUCUGAACAAGCACAUACAUGACUGUCUUACACACUGAAGAUAUUAUCUUCAAACUUGUGGUCAGUGAUUUCCAAUAAACAUUGUGAAAAGCUAUAUGGUACCAACAGAUACAUGUUGCACUAUUGAAAGGUAAAAUAAUGUCUGAUUUUUUUAUUGUACAAGAUUAUACAUCUCAUGUUACUGUACAUAAAUAUUGAAGGUGUCAAAAGCAAACCCUGUAGAAAAAACAAUAAAAUUGCUACAAGUUUUACAGUUGUGGUAAAUCUUAUAUCAAUAUGAUAUGUGAAUUUAAUGUGCAUUGUUUUCUUGUGCAAAUAAAUAUGCUUCAGAGAAAAUGCUGAAUAAGCAGCUCUCAGAUUAAGAAAAAAUAUUUUUUUGCAUGUAUGAAGAGAGUUAGUAAGCAGUACAUUUGAGGUAUUUCAAUCACUGCAAGACAAAAUUUGAGCAACUCAACACCUCACCUGGAUCCCUUUUAAAUGUGUUGCUAUAAAUUGCUCCCUCCUGUAACUGUCUAAAAUACUUUCCACACUAGUUUAUAUAUGAGCUUUAUAGUGGAACCUUAGCACCCUUGGUUGAUGAUAGUCUGAGGUCUGACACAGUUUAUUAUCAAAUAUUAUCAAUGAGCAUGUAUUGCUUAAGUGCGUGAUGCCACAGAUAAAAUGGUACUGGAAAGCUAUUUGUCGGAUAUUGUGGCUCGUGCAGCCUGGUUCUGUGUUUUAUUUAGUACCAAUUCUAGCACAGUGCCAGGUUCUUCUCUCACUUAAUCUAAUUUCUAAUUUGUGCCCAUUACUCGCCUUUUUGUUCUGUGAUGCCAUUUAAGAUAUUUACAUUACUUCAUAUUGUGGCUUUUGUUACACCAAAGCUUCUGACGAUGCCGCAGUUUCACGUAUUGAAAGAAUGCUUCAAUGUGAAGCUAGACUUCUAGUUUUGCAUCUCCAUGUUUAAAUGGGUUGGGCUUUGUUGUCUUUUCUGCAAAUCUUAUCCCUCAACAGGUGGGAUAUUUAAAAGAAAACAGAAUAAAACUUCUUAAUUGGAAAACCUGCAGUUAUUGUUGCUGCAGUAAAAUCUGUUAAAUCUGCAACGUUGUAACAAAAUACUUAUCAGGCGUAAAGAUGUUCAUGGCAGUAAUAAUACGAGAAGAAUUUAUAUCUACCUUCUUUAUAAUUUGGUUUGUACGGAAACUAUUCCUACAAAAAGGAAGAUGCGGUUCUUUUUAAACGGUUUAACUAUGAACUGGCAAAGAAAACUUUUUUUUAAAACAAAACUUGCAAUGUAUAUAUGUUAAAAAGAUAAGUGUGCCUGAUCUGUUACAUCUACAAUAGGAUCUUUAAUUGAACAUUGCAGAUGAGAUGCGUUAUCCUUAUGGCAGUGGUCGAUCUGAAAUAGCCUUCAAUGUAUGUAACAAAGACGUUUUUCACUGUAGUUAAGAUGUUGUUCCUGUUGCACAUAACUACCUCCAUAAAUUUAUGAAAUGGUAGCAGAACCUCCCAAUGUAGCAUGAUUUUCUAUCUUUAUGACUUCACCAUCCUUGCCCCUCCCUGCCCUGCUUGCUUUCUUUCUUUCUAUCUCUGUUACCAUCUCAUAAAUAAGCUUUCACCAGAGUAUUGCUUCUGAAUUUUUUACACUGGUGCUUUAACUCCUUGAAGCGUGGUUCCCAAACUAACUUCCAUACAAUAAUAGUAAUUUAAAUUUGAUGUCUUGUUUUGAAACAUAUCAAAGCUCACAAGAGUAGACAACUUUAAUGAGGAGAUUGCAUCAAGUGUUGGUCUAUUUUUUACAGAUUAAAUUCAAAGGAAUAAAGUUUUUUUUUCUUGUGAAUAACUGAGUGAAUUAGUAUCAAAUUAAGUACAAACGCAAACAGCUUUUUUUCAUGCAGAAGGGAGUAGAGCAGCCAAGACUGCCUUGCAUAAAUAUGUUUGCACUGAAAAAAAAUAACAAACAUUUUUUAAAAAUGUGUCUUUCUGGAUGCUGUUUAGUUAUCCAGUUAGAUGUGUUUAUAUAUUGUAAAACUAUUUCUUACCAAAUUUUGGUUCAUGGAAUGUCUUCCCUAACGUUACUGGAUUAUGUUAUAGCAGACUAUAACAAGCUUGUUUUUGUAAGUGUAUUAUACUGUAAAAAUGUGUUUUGUCAUUGCUUAGUACAAUAACUUGAACUGUAAACAGGGAUUUUUUUUCAUGUUCCUUAUUUAAAAGUCCCUUUGUGUAAACUGUGUUUCUGUUGUUACUUUGUAGCUUGUGCAGAUCUCCCCUUUGGGAUUGUGUUAUUUACUUUAAAGCCAUUAAAUAACAUGUUUCUUUAA